AUGAAGCCCGGCUAUCCUCGCCGCCCGCCGGCCUGGCCCCCCGAGGUUCCUCCGCGGGGCCCCUCGUCCUGGCUCACAGGCCGCCUGCCGCGGCCUCCUCCGUGCAGCGGGCCGGCGGUCUCUCCCCGGCCCAGAGAAGGCUCGCGCGUGGCCAGUCCAGAGCCAACAGGACCGGAGGUGCUCCGUCACGGGGGCGGCUCACCCUUCCCCUCCCAUCUCGCCUGCCGGCCCCCAGCGCGGACCACGCAGCGAGCUGUGCUGCCCGGUUCCUGA